AUUGGUAGCGCGCACUUCGCAAUAAGCUGCAAAACGUUGUCAUGGGGCUGCUGAAAUGAAAGCCCCUGGAGCGAAGCCAGGUUGUUGGGCUAUCAUCAGAUGAUGCUCGGCUCUCCGGCGCUGCAGGUGCUUGCACUGCAACACAACUCGUGAUCCGCCUGUCAGCGCGCGAUGAUGGCCACCGAUGACAUCGAUGACGAGCUCUCCGACUACUGGACGAGUCCUAAAGUGGUGGUGAAAUGUGUGGGUCCCAAACUAGUGCCGUUCUUGAAGACGGUUGCCCUCUACUUUGUGGUGGCCAUCUCAUGGCAACCAUCAUGGCUGGGCUGCCUGCUCAAGUGCCUGCCAGUGGUCUUCCUCAUGGUGUUUGUCGUGCUGCACGGCAUCUCGCUUGGUGACGCACGCCACUGCUACUCGCGCCGCGUGCUCUUUGGCCUUGGCCUGUCUUGUCUCGGUGAUGCGCUGCUUGUGUGGCCUUGGGGUUUCCUGCCAGGAAUGGCGGCCUUUGGUGCGGCCCAUCUGUUCUACAUUGCAGCCUUUGGCACGCGACCGCUCAACCUGUGGGCUGGUGCUGUCUGCCUGGCCUGCAUCGCCGCUGCUGCCACUUUGCUGCUGCCAAAUCUGAAUGGCGUGUACCUGUUUGCUGUGCCAGUGUAUGGCCUUGUGCUCAUGGUGAUGGUGUGGCGUGGCGUCUCACGCGUGCGAUUCUUCGACGACCUCUGGACCUGGACCAAGCUGUGCUCCUGCUUUGGGGGCAUCCUCUUUGCUGCCUCCGACCUACUGAUUGCGCUCAACCUUUUUUACCUGAGCACUCCUCCCAGGUACAUCCAGCACAUCAUCAUGCUCUCCUACUAUGCAGCGCAACUCGGGAUAGCUCUGUCAGUCGUCGACUGUCGCACCAUGGCGGCCAUUAGUGCGGCCAAUGAGCAGCCAGAACCCUGCCGCAAUGGAAGCUCCUGCUCUGCAGCUGCUGCCACUCACAUGCCAAGUACAUCAAAGACGAGGCUAGAAUAAAGCAUGAACAGUGCAGUGAAAUGGUUCUUGCCAAGGAAGCAUUGUCUCCGAGAGCACCGUAAGUUCUUGGUCCCUUCCAGGAUGAACGUGCACCAGGCUUAGCUUAGAGCCUGCUCCAAUUAUAGACAUUUCUUCAGUGAACAAAACCGUUUCUGAUUGGUGGUAAUCAUUGGAAAAAUGCACUGUGCAUGUGAUAGCUGGCAUCAUCAUAUUGCAUUCUUACAUCUCGUGGACGCUGUGCAUGUGAAAUAGUGUUGACUCUGCAACCGUCAGCCGAUUCUGUCUGCUGAUGAUGACCCAUCUCCGUUGGUAAUACUAUGUCACGGAAAUUCAGCAGUCCUCUUCGAUCAAAAUUUUGCCCACAUGAUUGUUAACUGGUGAAACCACCUUUGUGGAACAGGACAGAACAGCCGAUUUUGGCUACGUUCCGACUAGAGCAUCUAGUGGCGCAGCACUGUACGUUCUAAUUAUCCACAAGUACUCUUUUUUAGGUGUAGAGACUUAUUCUUCACUGAUCUGAUGUGCUGCCAUCAUUUUGAAGAAUUAUUUAGGCCAGGUGUGCAAGGUUAUAGAUCUGCAACAAGGAAUUGAAUGCCUUUCCUGUUUCUUCCGGCAUACAACACAGUCUGACAGCCUCUCGGAACACUACUCCAACCAUCACACUCCCCGAGCACAGCAGUAAUCUGAUGGUGCUAGUCAUGCUUCACACCUGGCCUGGAAAAGUUGUGUGGUCAGUAUUAUUGUCAUGAGAGAAGGACGGAGAUAGUUUUCUGUAGCUGGACCAUAGAGUACACAUAUAAAGAACACGAACAAUCGUUGUUCAUGCUUCAACUAGAUACAUUCUUGCCACAGCUUGGUCUCCAAAAAUUGUGCAAUUCAACCCAAGAUCAAACACCAUGCAUCUUGUAAGUCAGAGGCCAUAUUUUUCAACUAAUUUGUCCUCUUUAUUUAUUUAUUUAUUUAUUAGAAUACCCUCAGGGCCCG